GUCUCUGAAACGCUUCAUUCAGGAAGAGGAGAAAAAAAUGGCUGAAUUAACUCAGCUCAUGGAUCAAGAGAUCCCUGAUGGGCGACAGCACCUUCAAGAUAGCUACAAAAAUUUAGAAAAAGUAGCUCAGUAUUGUCGAGAAAACUAUGUUCAGGCUACAGACAAACGUUCUGCCCUGGAGGAGACAAAGAACUACACCACCCACUCUCUGGCCAGUGUGGCCUACCAGAUCAACAGCCUGGCUACAAACUUCCUGAAGCUGCUGGACCUUCAACAGAAUCAGCUGGCUGAAAUGGAAUCUGGAGUCAAUUACCUUGCUCAGACUGUAAACAUUCACAAGGAGAAAGUGGCCCGGAGGGAAAUAGGCGUGUUGACGACAAACAGGAGCUCAACCCGACCUGCUGGGGUCAAGAACGGCAUCAUCUUCCCAGAACAGGCAGAGAAACCCACAAAGUACCAGCGUAAACCAAUAGACUACUCCAGUCUUGAUGACCUAGGUCAUGGGGUCAGGGUACAAGAACAAGGUUUAAUAAAGGGAAGUUCUAAACCAGCACGCAGUCCAUCUGUCAGCAGUUCAUCAUCUGGUCAGGCCCCCACAUCACAUCCCCCCACCCCACCAAUGAACCGUAGUGGUGGCACCCCCGGGAGGAGCUCUGGUAGCAGUCACUACAGGACCCCUGCCCCUCCCGUGGCCCCACCCUCAGUUCCAUCACAGUAUGCUUCCAGUAACUACACAGUGCAGACAACAGGACUACCAGGUCAAUCCAGAGCGUCCCAGGCCAGGGGAAGUAACUAUGGCCAGAUGAUUAUUCCCCCUAAUGCACCAGCUCCUCCCCCACCGGUGGGAAUGGCCACACCCAUGUCACACCCAGGGGCCGGAAUGCCACAGGGUCGAAGGUCACAGCUGAAUUCACAAUCUUCUGUUGACAAUUUACCUCCACCCCCCUCACCAGAGGUCACCCCCGGAGGCGGAGUCCCCAAUGAAAUCCUCGAAGCUUCACCACCCUUGCCCCCACCCCCACAGGACAAUCAGCAGUACCCCCCUCCUCCACCCCCCGAGUUCAUGGGAGAGCAAGUCGACAUAGGGUAUCGUCAGGAGGAGGACCCUUAUGCUGCCACAGGUCCAAACUUUGCCCAGCCUGACUGGGUACCGGAGCACUACAUAGAGAAAGUAAUAGCUAUUUAUGACUACCAGGCAGAAAAAGAAGAUGAACUGACAUUUUGUGAGAAUUCGUUGAUUUACGUGACAAAAAAGAAUGAUGAUGGGUGGUAUGAAGGGGUCAUGAAUGGGGUCACGGGGUUAUUUCCAGGUAAUUACGUGGAACCUUGCAUGUGAUUGGACAUCUUCAAUCUAGACAUGGCCAUCAAUUCAAAUUUCUGUUCCAAAUCAUGCAAUUUUGGUCAAAUAUAAUAAAUAAAUUCUUGAAUUUAAUCAAUAAUAUUUCCCUUUCAAAAGUGCUGAAUAUCAAAUAGUUAUCAAAAAUCACCACCUUUUUUUACGGUUUGCCUGCAUUGUAGUUGAAUAAAUGUAUUUUGUAAUUGGCAUUUAUUCUAAUAUUAAUCUUGAUUGUAAUUAUUGUUCUAAAUCUUCUGUUGAAGAUGACUUUAUAUGUAUUAUGUUUGCAAUACUUGUGUAGGAGCCCAAACUUUGUUUCAGUUUGCUUAAGUUACCAUGCAGGCUUCAUAGAAUAUUUUCAGUUAUUAAUGUUACCAACAAUGUACAUUAUGAUGUUUUACAAUAGAUUGUAUGAAGCAAGCAAUAUUGUAUUUACUGAUAAACCAAUUUCUACUAA